UCGUGUAUGAGAUCUGAUAUCUUCAUUAUGGCUUAAAAAAAAUACCGGAAAAGAUACUGAUGGACUAAUCUGCUGUUUGAUGUUUUCUUCACUAGCCCUGAAGAUGCUGAGACAUAGAGAUGGCUGUGAUUAUCUUUUGUAAGACAGGAAAUGCAAUCUUUAGGGGUUUCUGGAAAUAGAAAGGUCAUGCAGUCUGGAACCUGUGAACCUUUUCAGUCUCUAAGUCAUCAGAGAAAUGAUGAAGAGGCAGUUGUGGAUAGGGGUGGAACUCGUUCUAUUCUCAAAACACACUUUGAGAAAGAAGAUUUAGAAGGUCAUCGGACACUAUUUAUUGGAGUUCAUGUGCCCCUGGGAGGAAGGAAAAGCCAUCGACGUCAUAGGCAUCGUGGUCAUAAACACAGGAAGAGAGACAGAGAGAGAGAUUCGGGAUUAGAUGAUGGAAGGGAGUCACCUUUCUUCGAUACCCCUUCACAGCGGGUACAGUUUAUUCUUGGAACUGAAGAUGAUGAUGAGGAGCACAUUCCUCAUGACCUUUUCACAGAGCUGGAUGAGAUUUGCUGGCGUGAAGGUGAAGAUGCUGAGUGGCGUGAAACAGCCAGGUGGUUGAAGUUUGAAGAAGAUGUGGAGGAUGGGGGAGAGAGGUGGAGCAAACCAUAUGUGGCCACUCUGUCAUUGCACAGCUUGUUUGAGUUGAGAAGUUGUAUUCUGAAUGGAACCGUGUUGCUGGACAUGCAUGCCAAUACUUUAGAAGAAAUUGCAGAUAUGGUCCUUGACCAACAAGUGAGCUCAGGUCAGCUCAAUGAAGAUGUGCGCCACAGAGUCCACGAAGCACUGAUGAAACAGCAUCACCACCAGAAUCAGAAAAAACUCACCAAUAGAAUCCCCAUUGUUCGUUCCUUUGCUGAUAUUGGCAAGAAACAAUCAGAACCAAAUUCCAUGGAUAAAAAUGCAGGUCAGGUUGUUUCUCCACAGUCUGCUCCAGCCUCUGUUGAAAAUAAAAAUGAUGUGAGCAGAGAAAACAGCACUGUUGACUUUAGCAAGGGACUGGGAGGCCAACAAAAGGGGCAUACUAGUCCAUGUGGGAUGAAACAAAGGCAAGAAAAAGGACCUCCACACCAGCAAGAGAGAGAGGUUGAUCUGCACUUUAUGAAAAAGAUUCCUCCAGGUGCUGAAGCUUCAAACAUCUUAGUGGGGGAGUUGGAGUUUUUGGAUCGAACUGUAGUUGCGUUUGUCAGGUUGUCUCCAGCUGUAUUGCUUCAAGGACUGGCUGAAGUCCCCAUCCCAACCAGAUUUUUGUUCAUUCUUCUGGGACCCCUGGGAAAGGGUCAACAGUACCAUGAGAUUGGCAGAUCAAUUGCAACCCUAAUGACAGAUGAGGUGUUUCAUGAUGUUGCUUACAAAGCUAAAGAUCGUAAUGACUUGGUUUCAGGAAUUGAUGAAUUUCUGGAUCAGGUUACUGUUCUCCCUCCUGGAGAAUGGGAUCCAAGCAUUCGUAUAGAGCCUCCAAAAAAUGUUCCUUCCCAGGAGAAGAGGAAGAUUCCUGCUGUACCAAAUGGAACAGCAGCUCACGGGGAAGCAGAGCCCCAUGGAGGACACAGUGGACCUGAACUCCAGCGAACAGGAAGGAUUUUUGGGGGACUUAUUUUAGAUAUCAAAAGAAAAGCUCCAUACUUCUGGAGUGACUUCAGAGAUGCUUUCAGCCUGCAGUGCUUAGCAUCUUUUCUAUUUCUCUACUGCGCGUGUAUGUCUCCUGUCAUCACAUUUGGAGGACUGCUGGGAGAAGCCACUGAAGGUCGUAUAAGUGCAAUCGAAUCUCUCUUUGGAGCAUCCAUGACUGGGAUAGCCUAUUCUCUCUUUGGUGGACAGCCUCUUACCAUAUUAGGCAGUACAGGACCAGUUUUGGUGUUUGAAAAGAUUUUGUUUAAGUUUUGCAAAGAAUAUGGGCUGUCAUACCUGUCUUUAAGAGCUAGUAUUGGACUUUGGACUGCAACCCUAUGUAUCAUACUUGUGGCUACGGAUGCAAGCUCCCUUGUUUGCUAUAUCACUCGGUUUACUGAAGAAGCUUUUGCUUCUCUUAUUUGCAUCAUUUUCAUUUAUGAAGCCCUAGAGAAGUUGUUUGAACUCAGUGAAGCAUAUCCAAUCAACAUGCAUAAUGAUUUGGAACUGCUGACACAGUACUCAUGUAACUGUGUGGAACCCCAUAAUCCCAGCAAUGACACACUAAAGGAAUGGAGGGAGUCCAAUGUUUCUGCCUCUGACAUAAUUUGGGAGAACCUAACUGUGUCAGAAUGCAAGUCUUUGCACGGAGAGUAUGUUGGACGAGCCUGCGGUCACGAUCACCCAUACGUCCCAGAUGUUCUGUUUUGGUCAGUGAUCCUGUUUUUCUCCACAGUUACUCUGUCAGCCACCCUGAAGCAGUUCAAGACCAGCCGCUAUUUUCCAACCAAGGUUCGAUCCAUAGUGAGUGACUUUGCUGUCUUUCUUACAAUUCUGUGUAUGGUUUUAAUUGAUUAUGCCAUUGGAAUCCCAUCUCCAAAACUACAAGUACCAAGUGUUUUCAAGCCCACCCGAGAUGACCGUGGCUGGUUCGUUACACCUGUAGGUCCAAAUCCAUGGUGGACAGUAAUAGCUGCUGUUAUUCCAGCUUUGCUUUGUACCAUUCUAAUUUUCAUGGACCAGCAGAUUACAGCUGUCAUCAUCAACAGAAAAGAGCAUAAGCUAAAGAAAGGUUGUGGAUACCACCUGGAUCUAUUAAUGGUGGCUGUCAUGCUUGGUGUGUGCUCCAUCAUGGGCCUGCCGUGGUUUGUAGCUGCCACUGUUCUCUCCAUCACUCAUGUCAACAGUCUAAAGCUGGAAUCAGAAUGUUCAGCUCCAGGAGAACAACCCAAAUUUCUUGGCAUUCGGGAGCAAAGAGUUACUGGACUUAUGAUUUUUAUUCUUAUGGGUUCAUCAGUCUUUAUGACCAGCAUUCUGAAGUUUAUUCCCAUGCCAGUGUUGUAUGGAGUAUUUCUUUAUAUGGGUGCUUCAUCUCUAAAGGGAAUUCAGUUUUUUGAUAGAAUAAAGCUCUUCUGGAUGCCUGCAAAACAUCAACCAGACUUUAUAUACCUAAGGCAUGUACCACUUCGAAAAGUCCAUCUCUUCACAGUCAUUCAGAUGAGUUGCCUUGUCCUUUUGUGGAUAAUAAAGGUUUCAAGAGCUGCUAUAGUCUUUCCCAUGAUGGUAUUAGCUCUGGUAUUUGUAAGAAAGUUGAUGGACUUUUUGUUUACCAAACGGGAACUCAGCUGGUUAGAUGAUUUAAUGCCUGAGAGUAAGAAAAAGAAACUAGAAGAUGCUGAAAAAGAAGAAGAACAAAGUAUGCUAGCUAUGGAAGAUGAGGGCACAGUACAACUGCCAUUGGAAGGGCAUUACAGAGAUGAUCCAUCUGUGAUCAAUAUUUCUGAUGAAAUGUCAAAGACUGCCUUGUGGAGGAACCUUCUGAUUACUGCUGAUAACUCAAAAGAUAAGGAGUCAAGCUUUCCUUCUAAAAGCUCCCCUUCCUAAUCACUCUAGAAGCUGAUUCCCCAAAGCACUGAAAGCCGAAAAGAGAAGAAAGCUGACUCACAGAAAGGUGUUGACAGGGAGACUUGUCUAUGACUUGAUCUUCAAUUUAUUUUUUAUAAAUAUAUGAGAAGAGUGCCACAAUUAUUAAUAAAACUGCUUUGAUCAUGUAUUGUAAAUUCUGUCUCUCAUCCCAAACCCACCUUCAUACUGUAAGUAGUGCACUACUUGUUUCAUUUCUGUGUUUAAACUUCUGAGCACUGAGACACCCUUGUGAGCAUUUACAGUAGCUAAUGCAAGAACCUCUGCAUUGCUUGUGUGUGUGAGGCAUUUGUAAACACUAGAUCCUCAUUGUCAGUUUUAUGAGAGCAAUAGCUUUCUUAAAGAGAUAAGUAAUAUUUACCUAGUUUGUAUUUUCUUACUGUAGUGACCUGAAGAUGCCUGGUAAUUUCAUUGAGAAGAAUUUUGAAAGGUAGUCUUAUUUUUUAUAGAUUAGCAUUAGUGACUUAUUUCAAAAGACCCAAAUCAAAAAUUUAGUUGGAAAGCAUUUUUUAAUAACUGAAUUAUGCACUUGCUUGAUUUAAUAUGAUACAUUUAAUACUUCAGAAUUUGUAUGUAACUAAAAUUUAAAUUUGACAAAAUACAGAGAGACCUAUUCACAACUUGUUUAAAAGAAUCAGACAUUAAUGCAAAGAGUCAAGUAGUAUUUGCUUAAGAUUCAAGUUGUGCUUACAUAAUCAAAUAUUAGUCUUGUAUGGAAAUUCUUUAGAAAACCAAGUUUUGUGAGAUUUCCCAAACACCUUUAUCAGAAAUGUGCUGUUAAAUUUCUCUCCUAUUGGCAACAGAUAUGUUCCAAAUAAACCUAUCAUAUAUAUAUAUGUGUGUGUGUGUGUAUAUAUAUAUACAUAUACAUACAUAUAUACAUAUA